AUGAACACCAAAGAUUUUGUAGUUCUUCCAUGGGGAAAACCUGGACAUUCAGUAAAGCUAAAAUAUAAAAAUGCUCAAGAACUGAGGAUGGAGAAAGUACAGCUGGAGUUGCAGAACCAAGAGAUGGAAAAGAAAUUACAAGAAUUCCAGUCAACAAGGAGGAAGGAGAAGGAGGAAAGAGAGUCAAGUGAAUAUCACUGGAAAUCUGGAAAAAUGGGCAAAUUGGGUACUCAAUCACAUAAAAUGUCACAAAAUAAAGGAAAUGUUAUUAAGCUUCCUCCUGGAAAACUGAAAUUAAAAUUACUGAAGGAACAGCUUCAAGAAUCAGUAAGACCACUUAAUUAUAAAAUGGCAAAUUCUUCUGAAAGUGACAAACCCAAGAUAAAAGGGAAGCCUUGUGGUCAGUGUGAGAACAAAGCCGCUCUGCUAGUAUGUCUUGAAUGUGGAGAAGAUUAUUGUUCAGGAUGCUUUGCUAAAAUUCACCAGAAGGGGGCGCUGAAGCUCCACAGAACAACUCUUUUGCAGGCGAAAUCUCAGAUAUUAGCCAAUGUAUUAGAUGUCGCCCAUCAGUUUAUAAAGGAAAUUAAUCCCAAUGAAUCCAAAAGAGAAAAUCACUGUGCAAAAGACACUGGUAAAACCCAGAAUAAACCUCAAUCACCUCUUCUGCAGGGGAGUAGCUCCGAGAUGGAAGUUUCAACAACACAAGGAGAAUGUACAAACUCAAGAGAUAGGCUCCUGUGUGAAGGGUCAUUCGAUGAAGAAGCUUCUGCCCAGUCCUUUCAGGAAGGUUUAAAGGAAUGGAGAACUGGACAUCAUUCUAAAAAUGAGAAGCAGAACUCACCUGCAGCAAAACCAGACUCAUUGGAAGAAUGUGAAGUACAAACCAAUUUAAAAAUUUGGAGAGAACCACUUAACAUUGAAUUUAAAGAAGAUAGUAUAUCCUACAUGGAAAAAUUAUGGCUUAAAAAACACAGGAGAACUCCACCGGAGCAACUUCGGAACAUGCUACCAGAUACGUUCAUACCUCAGUGUACACCCACUACUGAGGCACAACAUCCUCACACUGAAAGUGAUGAAGACAGUGAUGCUGAGGAGACCACACUACAGUGCCCAGCACUUUUUAUGCCCGUAGAAGAAGUCAAAGUAGACAGACCUGAAACAUCUGUAAAAAUAGUCGAACUGGAUGAUACUAAUGAAGAGGAAUUUGAAGAACAAGGAAACAUCGUACCUUACAAAGUUGAAUUAGCUGUUGCAGACAGUCGACAAAGUUGCAGGUUUCAUGAUUAUCAGAAUGCUUUUCUGUAUGAAAAGGACAUCCUUCGUCAUCAUGUUUUUACAAAGGGAAAAACAGACUUCUUACAUCUUUAUCUAAGCAACAUCUCCUACUGUGAAGAUAACUCAGAAGCAGGAACUUCAGAUACAAAAUUAGAUAAAGAUGUCGACCCCGAUGUUUAUUCUCCUGCUGUUGAAAAAUUAGGCGAAAGCAGCUGCUUUAAAAGACAUUUCAAAGAGAAAAGUAUAAACGGUAUGGAAAGUAAUCAGAAGUUGGAUAAUUCCUGCAUGUCAUUUGAGAGCAAGGAUUCUUUGCCAAGUGUAGCUUUAGAAACACCUUCCAUUAAGGAGAAAUUUUCACAAGACAUUGAAGAAUCUUUGGAAUUUAGCAAUCUUCCUGAGAGGCCAGACUGUGAAGAUUCAAAAACUAUGGAGUCACCACUGUCAUUACAAGAAAUAGCCCACAGAAGUAAGCCUAUAACUGAACAAUAUCAAGGACUUGAAAGAUUCUUUGUUUCUGACAAAAAUGAAAGACUAAACUUACUUCCUCCUCAUAACUUAGAACAUGGCUAUUCCAGCAUCAGGACUACAAUUGCAGGAGAUGGACACUGGAUCCCAGAGCACAGCGUGAGCGCGCGUGCGGACGGCGCAGUCGCCCCGGGUGCGGUGGGGAGUGCCCGGGGCUCUCCCACAGGCAGAGCCCGGCAGAGGACGGGCCAGACAUCACAGAGACCUUCAACGGCAAAUUUACCACUUUCUAACUCUGUGAAAAGAAGCUCCAGCUGUCUUUCCAUCUUCUCUCAUCCUCUGCCAAGAAGUGCCCCUGUUCAACCAUUGUCUAGAGCUACUUCUGAAACAUCAGAAAUGAAACAUAUUCAUAUUACUGAUCAUAGUGAGCCUUUCUUAGACAGUCUGGAAAAAGAAUCAGAUGUGCUGAAAAAUCUUGCAGGUCCUUCAGAAGAACUUUACAGCCUGACUGCAGAAGAUUCACCAGACUUCAUCUACAAUUCGCUCCAUAUAAGUCAGUCUGCCUUAGAUUUCUUUAAGAUCUCACGUGCCAUGGGCCCCUGUGGAACAGAGGAACCGAGCUCUUCUGAAAAAGAUACUGAAAUUCAGUCUUUCCAGACACUUUUUGAGAGCAGCACAGAUGAAGAGAAAGAGGAAUUUUCGUGA